GCCGGCACAUCCUCCUUCAGCCGCACCAUUCCUCGCCCCGCCGUUCUCUCCCCCGCCGUGUCCCGCCGCUGCCCGGGGGUAGCGGGAGGAUCCUCGGGGAGGCCGCGCCGGGCAGGACAAGAUGGAGGUAAAAGAUGCAAAUGCUGCAUUGCUGAGUAACUUUGAGGUGUACCAGUUACUUACUGAUCUCAAGCAGCAGCGUAAAGAGAGUGGCAAAACCAAGCAGAGCUCUGGGCAGCAGAAUCUGAACACAAUCAUGUAUGAGACGCUGAAGUACAUUUCAAAAACACCCUGCAGGUACCAGAGUCCUGAGAUUGUCAGGGAAUUCCUGGUAGCAAUGAAAGACCAUAAAUUAACCAAGGCAGAAAAACUGCAGCUGCUGAACCACAGGCCUGUGACUGCAGUGGAAAUCCAGCUGAUGGUGGAAGAAAGCGAGGAGAGGCUGACAGAGGAGCAGAUCGAGUCCCUCCUGCAGACAGUGACCACCAUCCUGCCAGGGGACCCAGAGGAGCAGCACAGAGACUCAGCAAUGGCCACAGAGGACAAAGGUGACCAGGCAUAGGAGGCAGCACUUCAGAAGAGAGCCAGCUGCUGUUAGCCUGGGUUUGAUACCAGUUCAAUCCUGUGUUGGGCAUAACUGUAAAAUAUAUUCAAAUUUUGAUGAUUUGGAGAUGAUGAGGGAACCAAUUGUUCACAAGCAAGCAGGGAGAAGGACACUAUUGUUUGGGUGUUUUGUCACAAACGGGGGUGGCAGUGCCAGAGUGGAGCAGCCUGAGGAGUGCUGGGGCUCAGCAUCGUUUGGGAUUUUUCCAUUCCCCACGGAAUCAGCACUGCAGGGCUGCAAUGAGAAUUCCUUUCAGAAGCUUUGGGGUUGCCCAGGUGGCUUCCAGAGCAGUGCAAAGCCAAUUUUGGGGCUUUCUGCAGAGCAGGAAUGUAGAGGAGCUCCUUGGGGUCUGGCCAGGCACUCCCAAAUCUUGGCACCAUGGAACCGAGAGGAUCAACUCAAGGAUGGCAACUCCAGGAUGUCUGAUAGUCCCUUCUAAAUGAAAGAGAUCCAGAUUGAGCAAAUUGCACUGAAACCAGGGAGCUGGGGGGGGUGAAGCUGUGAAAUCAAAGCUGUGAGUGCCCAAACAGCAGAAUGCUGAGGUGUCUCUUUGCCCUCUGAACAUUGAUUCCAAUAUUUACACCCAGACAAGGCACUCCUGUGAUGGGGGAAUAAAUGAGGCAACACUGAGCUCUUGAUCUGGUUUGGAAAAAUGAGAGUCAGGCUUGGAUGAAGCAGAAUUUCCUGAGCUUUAUUGUCUAAUGAAGGAUUUCAGGAUCAAGUAUUUCAUCUUGAAAGCCUUUGUGAUUAUAAUAAAUCAUUUGUGUGUGAAUAUCCACACAAAGUCAGCCACUGGUUUAAAUUGUGGCUGCAGACCAUUCUUUUAUAAUUAUUAUGAUGUACUGGAAAUAGAAAUAAAAUUUUAAGUACAUCCUGGGAAUUUUGUGACUUACAGAUGAGAUCAAAUCACAAUAUCUGACUUUUUUUUCCCCCCCUCAGCUCUGUCACGGGUUUAUUUUGUGCUUUUAUGCAGAGAAUUUCUGCUUUUUUGAGCUUCAGUUGUGCAGUGUAUGAAAGGGACUGAUAAAUUCCAGUGGCUGGGGGAUUUGUCAUAUUCGUUUCCAUGGUAUUUAAGCUUCUUUGAUGUCUGGAGAGGAAAGAAAAUUAUUGGAAAAGUGUAUUUGUUGCCUCUUAAAGAUAAUUUAUCAUGCAUUAAAUGUCUUCCAAGGUUGGA